UCCGGGCCAGGGUGCAGAGCCCGGGACAUAUGAGAACACCCCACGUGGCUAGAGCUGAGUAGUCUCCUGAAGCCGGGGCCGGAUGUGUCCUCUCCGCCUCAGCCAGCUCCCAAUCACAGCUGGCUCGGCGAGCACUACUGACGCCAGUUCCUCUGUGUCUAGCCGGCAGGCUUGAAGAGAGAGACGGUGAGCCAGCCUUGCUCGCUCUCAGCGGCCCCUCAGCAGCCAGUGUCGGUGGGAGGCGGUGCAGGGUGCACAAUGCCAUUUGACUUCAGGAGGUUUGACAUCUACCGGAAGGUGCCCAAAGACUUAACGCAACCAACCUACACUGGUGCAAUCAUUUCCGUCUGCUGUUGUCUCUUCAUCACCUUUCUCUUCUUGUCAGAGCUGACGGGAUUUAUUGCCAAUGAAAUUGUUAGCGAGCUGUAUGUGGAUGACCCUGAUAAAGAGAGUGGAGGUAAAAUAGAUGUGCACCUGAACAUCACCCUGCCCAACCUGAACUGUGAAUUGGUAGGACUGGAUAUUCAGGAUGAAAUGGGCAGACACGAAGUUGGCCAUAUUGAUAAUUCUAUGAAAAUUCCGCUGAAUAAUGGCAAUGGUUGCCAGUUUCAAGGACGUUUCACUAUAAAUAAGGUGCCUGGAAACUUCCAUGUGUCCACGCACAGUGCCACAGCUCAGCCACAGAACCCUGACAUGAGUCACUUCAUUCACAAGUUGAGCUUUGGUGAUUUUUUACAGGUUACAAACAUUCAUGGUGCCUUCAAUGCUCUGGCAGGAGCAGACCGACUCUCUUCCAAUCCUCUGGCUUCCCAUGAUUACAUCUUAAAGAUCGUUCCAACCGUAUAUGAAGACUCGAAUGGCAAGCAGAGGUUUAGUUACCAGUACACCGUAGCUAAUAAGGAAUAUGUAGCAUACAGCCACACAGGAAGAAUUAUCCCUGCCAUCUGGUUUCGGUAUGAUCUCAGCCCCAUCACAGUGAAAUACACAGAGAGGCGGCAACCCAUGUAUAGAUUCAUAACCACGGUAUGCGCCAUUAUUGGGGGAACCUUCACUGUAGCUGGGAUUCUGGACUCUUUCAUUUUUACUGCCUCCGAAGCUUGGAAGAAGAUCCAACUGGGAAAAAUGCAAUAGCAUUUUGUGUUUCAUGGAAUCACCCUUAGCAUGUGGAAGACUUUGAAGGAGCAUGGAUUAAUUGGGAAAUUUUUAUUGUUGGGUGAAAGAAUAGACAUGGGCGUACAGUAGUCCAGUUGGGGCAAGUGUUCACACAGGGCCAUUUAAACAGAUCACUAGCAAUAGUAUGGAGAGUUCACUACAAUUUCUACAGAUUUGUUUUGGGGUUGUUUUUUUUGGGGUGGGGGUAUUUUUGCACAUAAUACAACUCCUGGAGGCUUUUCUAUUUGAAGCGUUUAUUUUAACCUGGAAAUAUACACAAUGAAAGCAGCCAUUGUGUAGGAUGAAUCAAUAUUCAGGCUAUCAAAUUGCUAGGAACUAGUCACAUGACUGAGAUAUCAGGCCUCUCAUGAAUAAUGGCUCAGCUGACAAUAUGGCUGCCCCCACUGUGUGUAGAUGACAGCACACUUUAAACGUGUAUGACAGUUUGGCUUCAUAUCAUAUGGUGCAGUUUUCCAGGUUAUAUUUUGUAUGCUGCUUUGUAGUCUGGACCCCAAAGCACUUUAUAACUGUAACUGGGUACUUGCUGUCGCUACCGUAAUGUCUACAUGACUUCCAGAACAGUGGUUGAUCUAUGACACUACCAAGAGAGUCUGCCCAUCUCCCUAAAGCUGAGCCAGACAAAGAACAGGUGUGCGGGAUGUAAAGUGAUAAUGCGAUUUGCAUCAUCGCACUGCACUGCAGUGACAGGGGCAUUAUGAUGUAAAGUCAUUAUAUCCUACUUCACACACCAUACAUAUAUACGUAAAAUAAGAUACACUUAACCAAACUCCCUGCAGUUGUUAAUAUAGCUCUUGACCUAAAAUAUUGUGUUCAGUCACAAGCACCUGUAAAUGUAUAUUUGAAAACCCACAUGCAGAUAUGCAUCUCCAUUAUGUUAUCUAGGAAAGAAUAUUCAUGAAGUGUUCAGUUCUGUACAAAUUGUGGUGCUUGUGCUUUUCACAUUGAUGUGGUGUAAAGAGGACUGUAGUAUAGAAAGUGAAACAAUGACCUCUGGCUUUUAAAAGCUGUUUAUCCAGAUAAUGGGGGACAUGUACUAAGCAGUGAUAAAAUCGGAGAAGUGAGCCAGUGGAGAAGUUGCCCAUGGCAACCAAUCAGCUGCUCUGUAUACUUUGAUAGUAUUCAAAUUAUAAAUGUUACAUCAGUGCUGAUUGGUUGCCAUGGGCAACUGCUCCACUGGCUCACUUCUCCACUUUUAUCAAUGCUUAGUACAUUACCCCUGUUGUGUUUUAUGCUUUACUUGUCCACAAUUCCAUGGGCAAUUAUUUGCAGGGAGCAUGUUUAUAAUUAAGUCGGUCUUGUUUUUUGUUUGUUUAGUUGAUUUAUUUUUAUAUUUUCUUGUACAUGAACUUUUUCUGUCAGUUGUAAGUGGAGUCAGAGUAACUUAGUUUUACUGGUGGGGCAGUUAGUAUGGCAUUAACAGAUUACAUGUUGCUUUUUUGUUUUUCCACAUAAAUUAGGGAUCAAUAAGUGCCAAUAUGAGGCGUGGUUUGAGUAAUAUCUAAUUUGCCCACAUAGCAAGUUAUAUUUUAUUGAUUUUACAGUUGCCAAGCUAAAUAUAUUUCUAUACAUUGGCAGGGCAGUACAGUCUGUGUGUGUUGCUUUUUUUUUUUUUCUUACAUUGUACAGUUGGGACCAAAUAUUUUAGACACUAAAGUGCAUCCCCCUUUUCUGUCUCUAGUAAAAACAGAAAAUAUCCUAUGGGUUAAGGGCAAAUUUGUCUGUACAACUUUGGUCACUGGCCCCCUGUUUGCUGUGUGUUUUAGGAUAUUAGUGGGUAAUCAGUGAUGGUACAGUCUGCUCACAGUAACAAGGGUUGUCCUCCAUAAAUAUGUCUGGAUAUUUAUUCUGGGCUGUUCAUAGAAGGCAUCCCAAGUGCAUCCUAUUGGUAACCGAUAUGAGGAUUAGAGCAGGAUCAUUUUCAUAGUAGCUAUAUCCUAUAUUAGGGGCCAACUUGCUGCAAGCCCGAUGUUCCAUCUAUAGCUCUUAGUAUUUAAUUACAUAUCUAAAAGAGGCAGACGACACCAAGGUUCAUAUUUACUAAACAGAGCCAUGGUGCAGACACCUGCCAGCAGCUCCGGAUGAUUGACCCUGGUUUGUCAUGUUACAUUCCACACUGGAAACCAAGUAGAACUUAUCAAGAGCAAACAUAGUAGCCUGCAAGUCAACAACUGCAUCAUGACACCCAGUAAAAGCACUAUGCAUAAAACAAGAUGCCAAAUGCCUUGUAAUAUGACGCAGUUUGCUCACAUUAUUAAAACCGUAUAUUGCUAGAUAAUAUCAGUGAACUACAUUAUGUAUGCAUCAUGAUUUUAAGUUUUUUAAUUAUAGUCAGUCAUUUGGAAGCAGACAUAUUCGCAUCAAUAAUUACGUCAGCGUUUAAAAAUAACCACUUUUAUAGUCUAAAUUCAGCAAAUAAAAAAAUAAAAAAAACCUCUUGUACUGACCAUGGCACCAUUAGUAGCCCAGCUGGAUAAUGACCACCUGCCAGGGCAGUAGAGAGCCUGGCUGGGCCCAGGUACUUUUCAGGGGGUGUGGCCUAAUCACAGGAGGUGUGGUCAUAUACCCUGAGAAAAUACAGACAAAAUAGUACUUUAAGCUCCUUCAUGACCACACUGCAGCCCAUCAAACAUCAGCAUGUGCUGGGAGCCCUUUAAUAAAAUAAUUUACAGCUUUAUUUCUGUUUAAAAAACAUUGUUGCUAGAAGGAGAUUACAAAGACUUUUUAGAAAAUUGUCAGCGUCUUAUAACUAUGCUUUAAAUCCUUAAUAGUUUAUUUUCCAAUAUUCAUAUUUUAUUACAUGUAUUAUCAAUACCUGCUUACAGCAGGAUGAUGAGGUCUGUGUUCUUUGCGCAAAUGUUUUUUUUUCUCUUGUUAUGUGCUAUACAUCUGGAUGGUCAACUUAACCAGGCAAAAUCCUAAAAUGUAUCAUUAAGACACACUAAGACACCUUUACCUUCAUUAGUUAGGGCAAAAUGAUUUGUGUUUAUUAGUGCAAGUAAAAAUGAAUGAAUAAGCGGUACAAAAAUAUUAUUAGGGCAUUUUUAUAUAAUGUUGUGUUAUUUUGUGAUACAUUUUCAUUCUGUUAUCAAUGACGUAUAACAGCAAACUGGAGAUCAGUAGGUUAUCGGCUACUUGAUAAUGAAAUUGUUACAUACAGAAGAACAGACGUCUUUAUGAGAUCUGUGUUUGCUGUUACAUGAUUACUCUGUUACACACACUACAAGUCCAUGUUACAAUGGUUCACACUAAGGGGAGAACUCAAUUAGCUUCCAAAAUUUUGGUGGCACUAAAAAUGGGACUUUACUGUGAGGUUUUUGUUUUUUUACCGCAAUCUUUUUUUUUUUCUAUUUCUGUGCAAUCCAAUUAGAGCCCCCUUUUUUAACUCAAAAACACAUAGGGAUGAAAUCAAUUGUUUAUUGCUCCGGCAACCACUAGAUGGAGUCCGACGGAGUAAUUUAUUUGUUGCUCCAUUAAGGCGCUAACAGCUGCCGGUUCCGGUAUUUCAGCUUGUGGCCCCUGGAGUUGGCGAGAUGAAAAGUGCCUGUUUAGGCUCUCAAACUGCACUAUAAAAUGUUGCACCCAGCACUUUGAUCGGGUUUAGCCGCUUUAUGCAGGUAAACCCGAUUUGUUUGGGUGUGACAAGCAUGAAAAAAACAAUUGAAUUGCACCACACAGUAACCCGUCACUUUAGAUGGGAGAUUGCUUGAGCAGGUGGUGCGAUAAACAAUUGAAUUUCCCGCAUAGAUUCUGUGAUAAGUUCACAGACCUAUAUGUUCAGAGACCUAUAUGGUGCGAAAACAGGGUAACUAUUGGGGAUAUUUUUUUCCAGAACCUCAACGGGUUUUGAAAAAAAUAAAAAAUCACAGAUAAAUUGCUGGCAUCAGGCUGACUUUGUGGUGAGUUGGAUAGCCCCGGGGGAUCAAUUAGCCCGUGGUAAAUUACCAUAGGCAAUUGAAUUUCCCCUUUUGUGCUUAAUUUAAUGUCCCUCUGCUUUUCCCAUUAUUCCUCUUGACAUAGGUGUAUGGAGGUUUACUGUUGAAAGAGAGAUGAUUUUAUGCUGGAAUGGUAAUUAUGAUGGAAAAAUUACCAUAUGCUUUACCUUGCUAGUUUUGGGUGAUAUUGUAUUUCUGCUCUAGGUAUAAUGAAGGAGUGCUUGGAGUUUGUAAUAUCUGGAUUUAAUGAUAGGCUAAAUACAGAUCUAGGAGGUGUGAGGUCUUUUGGGGGUUUUUUUUUACCUACCUCUGCUAAAUUCUAAACCUUACCUAUUCUUAACCAUAGAGUCCCAGGAUUCUGGUUUUCUUUUACUGCUAGUGUAAUCCUCAAGUGUACAUCAUUCAUAGGACCAAGGACCUCUGAAAAGGAAUAGGGUUUUAAACUCACUUAAACAUGCUGCAUUAUAGAUUGCAUUGAUUUUCUUUGUUUAAAAAAUAAAUAUAUUUCCUAUAAAUAAGCUUACAGUUCAGGGUCAUGUUACUUCACUUAUGUCUGCAAGAAAGGCUGGAAGGAUUGGACCGCAUUCUCACUGCAGUACUGUUCAUGGGAUUCACUGCCAUACCCACUGGAGUAAUGUCCUAAAGCACAUAAAGAAAUUCUACAGAAUAUUAAGGAGUAUGCCUCUCCAAACCGGUGUACCCGGGAGCUGCACUAUGCUGCUGAUUCCUGCAGUUCCAAGGAGCGGGUCCAUCCCUAUCUUUAUGCAACAUAAGCAUGGAGGCCAUCUACAAGGGAUGUCCACACGUGUACAUAACCUUGAUGUGAUAAAUCACAACUCAUUUUAACCUGUAUAUAGGACUCCUUCAUUAGUACAGCAUUUUUAUACUGAAAACUCCUUUACUUUACAUAACUGGCCUUAUUACAUUUACUGGUUAAUUGAAGUUCUGCUUUCUGUCUGGAGGAGCAAAAUUUAGACCCGUGUCCAGCAGUAAGCUUAUUUAUAUAAAGUAGACGCCGUUUGAAGAUGCAAAGAAGAAUCUUUUUAACAAUCCACAUAAAAGUAUGCAAUAUCUAAAUGUGCUCUUAGCUAGCGGUCCUUUUACAGACUGAUAUAUAUUUUUCUUGUUUUAAAUUACAAAUGAAGGGAAUAAUAAAAAGGGUAUGUUACUGAACUAUUGUGGAGAUUUGUGCAAUUUUGUUCUGGAUAUGUUUUUUUUUCCUCUUGAGUUACUGGUUUCAGUUUUUGUAAACUUUGCAAUAAAACGAAUCCUUUAUAAAA